GUUUGAUGAUUAAACAGGUAAUAAAGAAUUUCUAGACUGAUAAAGAGUCGGUAUUUAAAGGCACUUUUGUAGUUUAAUUUGCUGAGUAUUGUGCAGCUUUAUUGGCUCUGAGCAGUCAAGUUUGACGAGAUUUGCUGGAUUUUUUUAUGAAAACACCAAUCGUUUUAAAAUGUGGACUAAAGUCAUCCUAACCUCAAUCACACUUCACUUAACCCUAACCUCAAAAAUUCCACAUCCAAGUGAAUUCAAAAACAUAAAACCAGCUUGGGAUGAUCCAUCACUAUCUCAACUAUUCGACUCAUAUCCUGAUAUCCUUGAUGCUCGACGUCCUCCUCAACUUGGACGAAUCAUCAAUGGAUUGUCAGCAGAUCUCGAUCAAUUCCCAUUCGCAGUCAUGUUGCUGACCAAAAAUGGAGACAAUGACACUCUGGUUUGUGGCGGAAGUCUUAUAAAAAUGAAUUGGAUUCUUACGGCUGCACAUUGUCUAGCUGGAAAAACAGAAGGCUUCAUAUUUGCUGGUGCUGUUGACAUGAAGAAUGGAACGAUUGCAUGGAGAGGAAAGUUUAAUCAGUCACAGAUGUUUAUUCAUCCAGAAUACCUAUUCGAUCAGUAUGUCAACAAUGACAUUGCACUAAUUAAAAUACCAUCGAGAAUUCCAUGUAAUAAGCACAUUGGAGUCAUUGACCUUCCAUGCAGCUGUGAUGAACUUGAUUUUGUUGAUGGACUUGAAGUGACGACGAUGGGAUUCGGACAAACAAAUGGAACCGUUGCUGAUGUGUCUUUAAAUAUGAGAUUCAUUGAGGUUGAAAUAAUGGAAACUUGCAAGUGUAAGAAGAUGUUUCCGUUUCCAAUUUUUGAUUCAAUGAUUUGUACGAGUACUAUGAGUGGGAUGAGCAGUUGCAUGGGAGAUUCAGGAUCAGCUUUAGUUGCCGAGAUUAAAGGGAGAAAAGUUCAAAUCGGAGUUGUAAGCUUUGGCAACAGAAAAUGUGCGACAGGAAGUGACUAUCCAGUUGUUUUUGUGCGUAUAUCAAGCUACUUAGAUUGGAUAUUGGGCAUACUUUACUCGAAUUAAGAAGUUAUUGAUUUGUAGUUUUGAAUAUGAUCAAUUGAAAUAAAAUGAAGAUAAAUUAUUAAAGCUUAUAA